UAACCAUUUUACAAAAUAUGUUUAUUGCUUUUAUGGGGGGUGUGUAUUCUAAUGCAUAUGAAAAAGGUCGAGUUGCAUUAUUGCGAUUUCGUGCAGAAUUGAUUUCGGAUUAUGAAGCAUUAGAUGAGAUAUAUUUCUAUCCUCCAUCACCAGAAGCAAAAUAUAUUCAUUAUUUAGGUAAAUCAAAAAAUUAUGAAGAUUGGAAUGCGAAUGUAGAGAAUCGUGAAGAAAAAAACUUAUAUGAUGAUUAUGAAAAGAAAACGAUUGAAAGAAAACUAUCAUUUAAUCAAGUAGAUGAUUAUAAUUUUUCGUCUAAUAACGAAGAUGGCUAUAAUAUAUCCAGUGAAGAUUCUAGUUCUUCUGAAAGUGAAAUUGAUGAAGAAGAUAUUUGUAUCAAAGUUAAUGAGCUUAACAAUAAUGUUAUUGAAAUUGAUGGUAAGAUUAAUGACAUUAAUACUAAGUUGAAUAGAAAGGUUGAUGAUGUUUGUAAUACGAUAAAUGAGGUUAAUAGUAAGAUUGAUAAAUUACUUAAUUCUAUCAUUAAGUAA